AUGCAACAAUAUUUAAUAUUUUUAUAUUUGUAUAUCUAUUUACAAUUUUAUUAUCCUAUAAUAGGAUUAACAAAUACCCUUGUUGAUAAUGAUACAUUUUCAACAUCAUGCUCACAAAUGUCUGAAAAUGUCAUUUCAAGAUGUAUGGAACCAAUAUUAAAGUAUUCAAGUAAUGUACAAAAAUCAUCACCAAAAAAUGCAAAAUGGACACUUCAAAGUGGACAUGCUUUUAAAGAAUUAUGUUUAUUAUAUAAAGAAUUUGAAAUGUGUACAUCAUUAAUUACAUGUCAAUCAUUAUCUAAAUUAGGUAUUGAGGCAAGUUAUCAAUAUAUGUGUGGUGAAGGAUAUCCUAUUUUUGAAAAAUAUUCUAAGUGUUUUUCUGAAGUUGAAACGGAAAAUACUUAUUUAGAGUGUAAAAAUAAUGCUAGUAAUGAUAUGGAAGUUAUUCUUGAAUGGAGACAAAAAGAUCAACAAAGAUAUUUUUCUGAAUUAUGUAAUAUUAUGGAAAAUUAUCUUGAAUGUUGUAAACCAAAUGUAGUUAAAAAAUGUGGUAAGGAAGCUUGGAAAUUAGUUUCAAAGAUUACAACGGAUUCACUUAAAGUAACAAUGCCAAAUUGUAAUGUAAAAAAAGCACUAUUUAUAUAA